UUCUGCGUUGCGCUGAGUUGUCGUUGGAAAGAGGGUUUUUUGACUGCCUUGCUGUGCUUCUCACUUGAGACGUGUGGCCCCACAGAUUGCAUCAUGACAAAGCUUUUGGAGUGGGUGUUUGGCUUGUUGAUACUGGGCACAGCCUGGGCUCUUGUCACAUUUGAUCUUCUGGACUUAAACCUACCACAGACUUACAAGGAGGUGGCCUGGCCAAUGCCUAUGUAUCUGAUAGUUACAUUUGGCUGCUACUCAUUAGCCAUUCUCGGAUACAGAGUCGCCACUUUCAACGAUUGUGAUGAUGCAGCAAAGGAGCUUCGAGAACAAAUAAAGGAAGCCAAAGAAGAUCUAAGGCAAAAAGGUUUAAAGUUAUGAAACUAUGAAUCACAAAGUAGAGACUUUUGAGUGGCUGAAAGCACACAUGAAGCCUGACAUAAUCAAGUCUUCAUCACAGACAGUAUGAUUCAAUUUUGAGACUUGUGAUGUGGGCUAGUCCUUCAAAAUCCUUUGUUAAUGAUGUGAAUGUUUGUUGUGUUCUGUAUCUUCAUCCAUCUUUUUCUAACUAGUAAAAACGAAAACCAGGAUCACAGUGUAAAUCAUUCCAAUGUUUAUAGCAGUGACUUUGGAGGGUUCAGACAGUAAGAUGCAGACAUCUGUUACAAAUUAGAUAUCAAUCAAUUGUACUUGAAGUAAUGAGAAUUUAAAAUUGGGUGAUUUGCUUUGUUACUCUAGCAAAUAGGGGGUUAGUUCAUUCAGAGUCAAUGCAGCACCACCUCCAGGUCUCUUUGUUUUGGAAAGAAAAUGUAACAUAUAGUGUAUCAUAAAUUACAAUCUGAAACAAAUAACUUGUCACUCCAUAUUGCUUGAUGAAACCCAGAACAAAACAAAACACCCUGGGACGUAACUUAAUUAAAUUGGAUGCUAUAUUGCUCAGCAUUUCCUUUGAAAUGUUUGUGUGUGUUUGUGUGUGUGUGUGUGUGGGGGGGGUAUCUGAGUGUGUGCCUGAAUGCAUGCUUAUAUGAUAAAUGUCGCCUCCACGCAUUAACCACAUGGCCAAAGAUGUUCUAUAUCAACUACUCAUUGUUGUCUCCUGUGCCAUAGACAGGACGGAUCCCUUUUGUUCCAUUUUGUUGUUAACAAAAUAAUAUAUAAAUGAUACAGUACUUCCUUUUCUCUGAGAGUUUUUUUUUUCUCAGUUAGAACAUGUAAGGUAAAUAUAUGUCUCAGAAGUGUCCUUUUGUUUUUGGCAAGUAAAGGUCUUUAUG